GUGGAUGCCACAUUACCUGAGACAUUAUUACAAAAAGUUGGUGGAGCUCACACUUUGUUAUAAUGAUAUUUUGCCAUUAUUCAACUUUGUUUUCCAAACAAAUCAUUUCUUACCAAGAAAACUUGAAUACUCUCGAUAACUUAUAUCCAUGCCUUCCAAAGGUUAACCAAGAACCUAAAUUAGUUUACUGAAGAACUCAUCAAUCAAUCAAGACAAUCAAUUGGCGUGAGGUUCAAAUUGGAUCAAGGGAGACCUUGUCAACUUGACUCAACUGAAACCGCACUUUGAUGGAAGUUUUGGUUUCGAAUCCGGGAUGAAAAAUUAGUAUUGCUCAUGGUCCAAGACCAAUGACCAAAGAAACUGACCUCACAUACAAUUUUCACCUACUCUUUUGCACUAGGAAAUGCUUUUUCUUUAUCUUAACCACAAGCAUGGGGAGAAUGAUUAUAUUAUUAUACAGUGCAUCAUCUUCUUUAACUCUUCAUUUUCUUCCCCACUAAUAACUAUCGAUCACUCUCUCUCUCUUCUUUCUUUGUCCUAACGGUCUGAUUGCAUAAGAAGGAAAAGGAAUGAAAGAGAUGAGAGUUUCAGGGUUUACGGUUCUUGUCUUGCUUUCUUGUUUCUUCUGUCAAGCCAAAGGAGCUAUUGUUCCUGCACUCAUCAUUUUUGGUGAUUCCAUUGUUGACGUUGGCAACAACAAUAACUUACUCAGCAUUGUCAAAUCCAACUUUCCUCCUUACGGCAGAGACUUCAUCAACCAAAGACCCACCGGAAGAUUCUGCAAUGGAAAACUGGCUGUUGAUUUCUCAGCUGAGUACCUUGGCUUCUCUUCAUACCCACCUGCAUUCCUAAGCCGCGAAGCAAGGAACGAGAACUUCCUGAUUGGCGCCAAUUUUGCAUCAGCUUCUUCAGGAUACUAUGAUGCCACAUCUGUUCCGUUUGGCGCCAUCUCCUUAACCCGACAGCUGAGCUAUUACAGGGCAUAUCAAAACAGAGUAACGAGAAUGAUCGGGAGGGAGAACGCACGAAUGCUAUUCUCUAGAGGAAUCCACAUUUUGAGCGCAGGAUCUAGCGACUUCCUUCAGAACUACUACGUCAAUCCUCUACUCAACAUCCUCAAUACACCUGAUCAGUUCUCUGACAUUCUUAUAAGAUCCUACUCAGAAUUCAUCCAGAAUCUGUAUGAACUAGGAGCAAGGAGAAUCGGAGUGAUAUCGCUACCGCCAAUGGGUUGCCUGCCUGCAGCUAUUACUCUUUUCGGUGCAGGAAACAAAAAUUGUGUCGAGAGACUGAACCACGAUGCUGUCAUGUUCAACACCAAACUUGAGGCCACAACCCAGUUAUUGAUGAAUAGACACUCAGGCCUCAAGAUCGUCGCCUUUAAUGUCUACCAGCCUUUCCUGGACAUCAUCACCAACCCAAUUGACAAUGGAUUCUUUGAAACAAAAAGGGCAUGCUGCGGAACAGGAACAAUAGAAACAUCGUUCCUUUGCAAUUCUCUAUCCCUAGGAACGUGUGUAAAUGCCACAGGAUAUGUGUUUUGGGAUGGAUUUCACCCCACGGAGGCUGUAAACGAGCUGUUGGCUGGACAACUACUGGGUCAAGGGAUUUCUCUAAUCUCUUGAAUUGAGUUUCAUCCCAGGUGGAUUGAAGUCAAACUGUAUACUUACAAAUGGCUACCAAAGUGUGUGUGUCUCUUUCUCUCUUCUCUCUUCUCUCUUGUUCUUUUUCUCUCACUCUCUAUAUAAACUCAUAAAUAAGAGACAGAUUGGGUGUGCGUGUGUGACUGAAAGUAGAAAGUACCGAUCUGGUGUGUGUGACUGUGAUCGGUCUAUAGGUCCAAGCUUCGUUUGAGAAUAUCACAAUCUUUGAUCUUUUGCCUAA